AUGUCGUCGUACUUUGAAGGCCUCAAGGCCAAGAUCCAGGACGGCAUGCUGAUUAAACAGGAGCACAUUGCCUAUUUAUGCAAGAAUCGCUUUCUCGACGAUAAGCUCCCGUUCAGUGUAGCCGAUGCAACUAAAAUGCUUAUACCUGAAGGCCAACGAUUUGCCGAAUCUCUUCAAUGGGAGUUUUGCCCGUACGUCUUUCCGAAGAAUAAACACAACUAUCAGUUGGAUCAGCAGAGAAUCCUUCCAUUCAUCCACUGCCAAAAGGUCGGAGAGGGGGCAUCGGGAGAAGUCGAAAAGGUCGUCAUCGCAGCGUCGCACUACGAAUUUUCCAGUGAAAACGACGGAGAGCUAGAGGUGGUGCGAAAACGCUUUCGAGUUCGUGGUAGCAAGGAUGUUUCUGAAAGAGAGUACAAGUGCUUGCGACUCUUGGACAAACUGGGGCAUCCCAACAUCAUUCCUCUGUUUGGAUCCUACACAUAUGACGAAAACCGGUAUCUCCUUCUCAAAGCCUUCGACAGAGACCUCGAAGACUUUCUUGAAGACGACACCCGUCACAAAGACUUUCAACAGGACUUGACCUUCUACUCGGCCCUUACAGGUCUCGCCUCAGCACUGUCGAAGACGCACAAUUUCAUGCUCACCAAUGACGAACAUAAAGUAGACUUUGAGGCUAUUGGAUACCAUCACGACUUGAAGCCGCGCAAUAUUAUGGUUUCUCACGACAGCUUUAUUCUGGCCGACUUUGGCGAAGGCAACAUCAAGUCGGCGCAGGAAUCAUCGCAUACGCGAUACAAGGAGAUUGUCGGGAGCUACAUUGCCCCGGAGUGUACCGACGAGGAGGAAAACCCGCAAACAAUCAACCGGGCCGUUGAUGUCUGGGCUUUGGGCUGCAUCAUUGCCGAGGUGGUCACCUAUAUGGAGAAAGGGACACGAGGUGUCCGGCAGUUCCGCAAACAGCGGAGACUUCCAGGGCGGCUCCAUAGAUUCGAAGACGAUGGUUUCUACAGUUCCGACGGUGAAGUGAAAGAAGCGGUCCUCGAGUGGCUCAAGACACUGAGAAGUAACGCCAAUGCCGACCUGGUCGAGCUCAUUAACCUGUCUCUUAAGGCUCUGAGCCGAAUACCGUCAGAUCGGCCUUUGAUGCACGAAUUGCAUCAGAGCUUGGCUGAUUUGAGUCUGCGAAAGUACUUGAGCACUACGGAAGAAUUGCUUGUCAAUGUCUGCAGGGAUGGAGCCUCGCAUGGGACAGACUCUAUUCUGAAAGAUUUCCGACGUGCAUGCGAUCUGCUCAAGCAAUGGGAAGAACUGUUUUCUUCGAAUAUAAAUAUAUUUUACGAAGACCCGAAAAAUCUACCAGAGGAAGCUAUUAGGAUCCUGAAGAAUCUGCUCCAGGUGUUGGAAGAGGAGAAGAAGGAAAGUCGGCUAUCAGACAAUGAAAAUUUUCAGAGGGCCGACCUCGCAUGCUCAGCGUUAGGACGAGUUUACGAGUUGUGGGAGCUCUUAGCCAAGCUCCCAGAAGCUCAAGGCAUUCUGAGUCAACGUCGCGAAGCAGACGGAAAUUUACCCAAAGUGUCCUUAACCACACCCGUCAACAUCCUCUUGCCCGAUUUCAAGAAGGCGGCGAGAAAGUUCAGAGACGGCCUUCCUGCCUCCGUGUCUCUUGAUGAAAUCGACAAAGUCGCUUCGAUCGAUGCCGUGUACGACAUUGUGGAAAAGAUACAGGAAAAGCAGCAAGAACGUAACGGGCUUCGCAAUCUGGCGAGGAUCCAGCCAUAUCUGCAUCGUCUAGAGGGCUUUGCAGAUACCAUUCAGAAGCAUGUCAUUGGUGAGAGUCCCGGUAUUCCAGCGCUCCUUUGGGGCCCAAUCGCACUUCUUCUGCAACUGGCGGUCAGCUCGAACGUGGCGUUUGAUUCAAUCGUGGAGGCCACUGCUAUGGUGGGGGAAGUGCUGCCUGAUUAUCCAGCUUUGGAUGCUAUAUUUCAAGAGAGCAUGGAAGCAAAAGAAAUUCUGCUCUUAUAUUUUCAGGACAUCAUGAUGUUCUAUGCUGAAGCUUUCCAGCCCUUCAAAAACAUCGGAAAAAGCUUUCUUUCCGGCGAGAUCCUUCAACGAUUUUAUGGCGCCACAAAGACAGCAACAGCCUUUUCAUUCCUGUCGUACCAGGUUGCUAAAGAUGCUGAAAGUCAUGAUUCGGCCAAAUUGGAACGCGUGGCCUUGACAACAAUUCAUUCCCUUAUCAUCCAGAUGGCUAAGGAAUCCGAAGAUCUCAUGGAAAUUGUCUGCGGUUCGAACAUGACACAAAUAAAUUCGGAUAUUGCAGCCGCGGGUGAUCUUCUUGCCUCGAUUGUUCGACAUGCUGGCUCUACACUUCUCAUAAUCGACGGCCUUGAUGAGAUCAGUGAAGCCCAGCGCGGCAGCCUCGUCGUGGAGCUUCUCAGGCUUGCAAGCUCUUGUAACAGGCUAAAACUUGUCGUGAGCAGCCGGCCCGAAGCCGAUCUAACAAGGCAUCUGCACAAUGUGGCAACGACAGUCAAAGUUCAUGAGAAUAACAAGGAAAGCAUCAGUAACUACGUCAAAACACGCGCCGAACGUAUAAUCAAGUCCUACAGCUACUACCCGGGAGAAGAAGAGCAGAUCAGAGACCUUUUUCCGGUGGUGGCAGAGCGUGCGAAGGGCAUGUUCCUCUAUGCCCAGCUCAUCAUGGAUAUGGUCAGCAAUAUGGAAACUUUGCCAGAAAUACGGGAUGAGCUGACAGUUCCCCCAGAAGACCUUGAUGCCACGUAG